CGUCAGAGUCCGUGCUGGCAAUUGGCGCGCUACAUUGACAGUGACAGCACGUACGUUCUUGUUUCCACCAUUGCGCAACAGCGGAACCCAGAGCCUGAGGCCCAUCAGGAGGGUGCAUUCUGAGGAGAGCGCGAAGAAAUUCUGCGUCUCUAACGAGGGACCUUCUCAGGGGUUGCUCCCCAAUACAUGCAAGAGAAUACUUGCGUGAAGCUGAGCUAUCUGUAACGUACCGACCAAUCUAGAUUAUUGCAGAACAACCUCACAGGCACUGACGGUGCUUGCUACUCCUCAGCCGCUGAGUUGAGCAUGUCCUUUUCGGCUGCGGCUGCUAAGCCUCUUGGCAGUCGCUUGGCUAAAUUACAGCAGAUAGGCCUGAUCCAAAACCCCAGGCUGACAGCUUCCUACCAACCAGGAGCGGCUGGGAACACUUAUUGGAUUUCUGACGCAAGUGGAACAUCUUCCCUUAUGCUUGGACAAAUUAUUGGAACCAGCAUAAGGGGUUGCGUCAGCAGCGGGGUCGGCAGAAGAAGGGCGGUCUCUGUGCCUGUUGCAGCUUUUAUGCUGGCAUCCGUCUUCAGUGUUGGACAGGGAUCUGCUGCCAUGGCUGACGAGGUACCUGUAGAUGAGAACUCAGAUGAAGUGACCAAGUCAGGAGUUGCAUCGUUCAACACUAAAGCAGCCAAAGCGUCGCAGGCAUUGGACGAUGAGAAGAGGUUCAAGGUUGUGCACUUUGUACGACACGGUGAGGGGUAUCACAACAUUGGAUUUGAGAGCCUGGAGGACACGCACCUGACUGCCAAUGGCUGGAGCCAAGCUGGAAAGCUGCAGAAGCACCUCAACAACUUGCCCAAGCCACUGGACUUGGAGGUCGUCAUUGUGUCCCCCCUCUUCCGUACCCUCGAGACUGCCAGCGGCGUCUUUGGCGGCGGCACGAUCGACAACGGGCAAAAGAUGCUGAUGCUAGAGCAGACCCCCGUGCACAACGAAGUUACGCGCCAUUACGCGAUCGCCGAGAGGCCUGGCGUGCCAUUCAUUGCCAAUGAGCAAUGCCGGGAGCGAAUGAGCCUGAAUCGGUGCGACCGGCGACGGAACCUCUCAGAGACGGCCAAGAACUUUCCGGGCGUGGACUUCAGCCUGAUCGAGCACGAGAAUGACGUCAUGUGGGACCUGAAGCACGACGAGGCCGUGAGCGCGGGCGCCGUCGGCAGCCGGUACUUCAUCGGAGAGAAGGGUGACGCGGUUGCGGAGCGGGGGAUGAACUUCUUGAAGUGGGUUAUGGACAGGCCGGAGAAGCACCUGGGCGUGGUCUCCCACUGCGCAUUCCUGCACGAGACGCUGCAAGCGGCGGCCAAGGACAGCCCGCCGGAACUCGCGCAGGCGCUCUCGCGCGACUUCCGCAACUGCGAGAUGCGCUCCGUGGUCUUUGACAAGGACGGCAAGCCGGUGGAGAUCCUGAAGGACACCUACUACGCGGGAGGUGCUCCCCGGUACUACCUGUUCCCCCUCAACUGGGGAAAGCAAGCUGUGGGGUCCUUGGUUGGAGAAGUCAAAAAGAGAGUCCCGUGGUAGUUUCACAUCAGGACUUGGCAAUGUUAAGAAAGGUCAUUUGUUAUUCUUUGUACCAAUUUGUGUACAGCACGCGAAGCUGAAGUUGGGCUCAGACCAGUCGAGUACAUGCAUUGAUUGAGAUGGACAAGCAGUGAUGGUCUGUCUUCUGGCGCGCAAUUGGAUACGUGGAGCGCGAGAGCAAUCAACGUACGUAGCUUCCGACCCAGGAAAAUCAUUCGAAGUUGGGUAUCCGUCACAUAUACAUUACUAAGGAUCUGGUGCGCGGUUGUCAACCCGGACUCAUCGAGCUGUCGCCAUUGCAUGCGGAAAUUGGUUUCUUGCAAAAAAGCUUAAUACGCGCGUGCAGAUCUGGCGUACAUGUAACAUAAUUUCUGG